GACUCGCGUUGGUCGGUGGGUUGGUUGGCUGGCUGGCUGGUUGUGAGAAGUGUAGUAGUAAACUGAAGAAUAGAUUUCUCGGUUGGUCUUCUAAACUUUCUCCCAGUUUCUAUUCCGAUCUCUCCGGUUUCAGAUAUAGCUCUGCUUAACUCGUGCUCGUCGUGCUCCUGGCGAAAGUGGAAUGUUCGGCAGAGCUCUGUUCCCAUUUUUCUCUCUCAAUCUCCCUCUUUUCGUCUGAUCCCGUAUCACGAUCAGACGAAAUACCCUCUUUUUUCCUGACAAGCAAUAAUUUCCAAAGUGACACUGUUUAGAGGAGCAGCCUACGUAUUAGCUACUUUAUUAAGAGGGACGUUUCAGAAGGGUGUAUUCCAGGCGUUUUACACACUCUGCCCACGUGUCAGUUUUAUAAUGAGAAUUAGUGUUUCCAUCUAAAAUUCCUCUGAAUGAAUGGGACGCCGAAAAAAUCUCCGCGCGCUGGAAUGAGUGCCCACAACUCGUCCCCUGCUGCAAGUCAUUGCAAUAAUAAGGACAACUUUGAGCAGCUCCUAGGCCAAACGAUAUGCAGUUCCAUCCUGGAAAUAUCGGAUGGGAAGGGACGACCCCUCCCGCGACGACUUGUCCUGACCUCCACGCACUUACACAUACAACGAAACAUUACCAAGGACAACGCCACGGACAAUGAUGCCGAUUCAAAUCGACCCACUCAUGGCUCAGUGUCGGACCGUGGGCUUUCUGGCGACGGGAGUUUCGACUCUUUUGGUGAAUUUCGGGAAUUUCCUCCAGACUCACCUCCGCCAGAAUUCAAUAAAAGGGAGGUGACCUUGCACCGAGUGGAUGGGACGCUGGGGUUGGGACUCAGUGUUCGGGGAGGGGCUGAGCAUGACCUGCCGCUGAUUAUCUCACGCCUAACGCCCGGACAACCUGCUGCCCUCUGCAAACAAAUCUUCAUCGGAGAUGCCAUCAUUUCCAUAAACGGUCAUAAAAUCACAAGAAUGGAUCACGACGAGGCGGUCGAAUACCUCAACACGAUUGGACCAACGGUGACGCUCAAACUCAAGUAUUAUCCCACGGCGAAGCCAUUCCUUUCACCGACGCAGCAAAACCUACUCGAAUCCAACCUCACACAAUGGGAUGGAAAUCCUAACGAUACAAGUGACCCGGAAAUGUGGGAGACUGAGCGGUCCAUCCCGCUACUACUUUCCCUGCUAACUCGCUACCUCGGGGGAACGGAUCGCCUACGAUGUAACGCCUUCGAGGUCAGAGAUGCCACGGGGAAUUCAUCCUCCGGAGUAAUUCAUUGCGGAGACCCGUACAAUCUCACUUCAUGGAUGAAAUGCAUUGCUGACGCGAUUCUGGGUCUUAACAAUAUUCAGAUGAAGCUCUGGAGCCAAGAGACAAGCAGUGAAAUUUACUACGUGGGUUGGGUGUGGGAGGGAAGUGCGGAGAAGACGAGUGACGAAACUGUGCAGCCCUGGUUAUCCUGGAAGCUUCACUAUUUAGCGCUUAGAGGCAGCGAUCUCUUCUACAUGAACUAUCCUCCGGGUGUCGGGUGCGAUUGGGAUGGAGGUGAAGUGUACCCCGUUUUUACAACUCUGUUACGCGUCCUGUCUGCUGGUGAACAUUUGGACGAACGACAACACUGUUUCACCCUUCAAAUCGCCACGGAAAAUAGCAGUUUUCCUCCAAACGGGGCUCGUCAGCAGCCAAUCACUUUUUACCUGAAUACAGAGACACGGCAGGAGCUAAUUAAGGUGGAGACGAGCUGGACAAAAAGCGUCACUUCCGCCGUCAAGCAAAUUAAGAAAUGCUCGUAUUGCGUGUGGUGGGGUGGAAAACCUUGUCAGUUGGAGCUGGACUUUCCCGGAGCUGCUUUCAACCUUUAUAGAAGCUCGUCGAAACCCACAUCACCACUUUGGACGAGACCAUUCUCCUCGUUGAAGGGAUCUUCGGAUGAUUCGAGGACUCGACUCACGUUAAAAUUUCAUAAUUUACCCUCAGAGACGAUGGAAUGUAGGGACCUGCACCGCGUCCUGUUUACCAUACAUUCCUUCCUCCUGGCGAAAGUUGUACAUUAGUUAACUCAUCUCGCAUCUGCUGAUGACAAGGUUUUCAAGCACUACAUAUUAUGAAUUCAAAUGAGAUUUGUUCCCAUCUUAUCGUACGUAUCUCAAGUUGCGGCCUCCGGGAAGACAUGACAAUACUUACCAAAACCACCACCACCACCACCACCAACCAACCCACCAUCUAAUGUACACACGUAUUUGAAUGAGAUCGCUUUUAAUGUCCUGUCCUGUAGAGAAAUGACGAGUGAAAUCCUUUCGGGUGCAGUGUAUGAACGCGUCUGAAUUAUAUUUAUGUUAUGAAAUAGAGUGAAAGAAAGAGUCCUAAAAUAUGCGUACGAACGAACAUUCUCUGUGAAUAAUCUACAACUUGGCGUUUUGAAUGUCUGCCUCAUUUUCUCAUCUCGAAUGAGUCGUGAAAGUAAAGAAAAUUGCUUGCACACUUUCUCCUUGACUUUGCUGACACAGGUUGAUUGAUGUGUUUGCAGUUCUUACUCUUGUCCAAAAAUGUGCAAUAUAAUAUUAUAUUCCUGAAAUUGAUCCCUUUGAUGAUACGACUUGAGGAUAAUGAUACCUUUAAAAUUCAGGUUAUUCAAGUUAUCCAGGACACUUAUUAUUAUGGGUAAAAAAGUGCACUGAUGUGGAAAACUGUAGUUCAUCUGGAACUGAAUAUGGCCUUCAUCAUGUUCAGAUUGUAUGUAUUGAAGAGUGCUAUUUAACUAUGUGAUGAUGAUGACGAUGACAAAAUUGUAUGUAAAGUAGAACAAAUUCUGAAAAUGGGUAUAUAGAAAGUUCGUCUUAUUAAAUACUUUGGAAUAACGAGAAAGGAUAAUAACGUGCCAUUUUAUUUUAUAUUAUUCGAAAUAAUAAAUAAUAUAGGACUUCUCUUCAUACUUUACGAUCUAUACAUAAAUUUGAAUAUUUACUUAUGUAGAAUUACGAAAUACUUUACCUCACUGCACCUACACAAUACACUUAUUAUUACGUAAAUUUGGGAUGAAUCUAACUUUUCCGAAACGAUCAAAACGGUUCACUAUGUUGCCUCUCUUUCUUGUUCAAUAACCUGUAAUAAUGAAUUCAUAAUUUUAUUAUACAAAGACAAUCCAUGUACUCAAUUUACAUACAUACAUUCUGGUAAAAAAGAAGUAAUAACGAUAUUGAUAAUAAUUUUUGGGUAGUAAUUUAUUUAGAGCGAAUCUACCUUAUAUUUAGAAACUGUUACCUCAAUAUUAAUAAGUAUGCACCGUGUUGGCUCAAGUCGUUUACUUUAAUUAUAGAUAAGUACAGAAAUUAUUAUCCCAGAUACUUAGAACAUGCAUGCAGACGUAGUACUAAAAUUAAUUAGCGGAAAUAAAAUGUAUGAAUUAUGAUAAUUGAGAGCUAUAUAAAUAAAUAAUUUAGAUGAU